UUGGUCAGACUCAGUCGCGAGCAUGAGGCAUGCCACCCCGAGCAUACCGGAGGGUUAGCUCUUGAAGCAGCUCACCCUCAGAUAGAUAGUUACAUAAAUUAUAUUACGUUUUAAUUUGGUAAUAUUAGCUCUCCCGUCGUAAUGGACGCACUCCUCUCCAAACUCUUCUCCUCUGAAGAAGAGGAGCGGUACAUUCUGGACUGCAUGGGUUACUUUAUGGUUUUCAUGGCAGCCUGCACUUUUCUUAGUUUGCUUUUCGUAAACGUCCCAUACGGCCGAUAUGCUACGAGCAAAUAUGGAUUUCCAGUCAACGUCAGGUUUGCCUGGUUCGUUCAGGAGCUGCCAGCUUUCUUGUUGCCUUUCUGUCUGGUAUUUUGGACAUCCUCUGCAAAAACGUCACUACUGCCAAACCAGCUGCUCAUUGCCAUGUAUUUCUGCCACUACGUCCAGAGAGCCCUUAUCUAUCCAUUUUUAAUCCGAGGAGGGAAGCCGACACCGUUUCUGUCUUUUUUCCUGGCCUUUGUUUUCUGCAUGUACAACGGGUACAUGCAGGUCAGGUACCUGAGCCAUUACGCUGAGUAUCCUGCUUCUUGGAUUACACAACCGUGCUUCAUCAUUGGGUCUGUUCUGUGGUUGCUUGGCUGGCUGGUGAAUGUGCACUCUGACCACAUCCUGAGGAACCUGAGAAAGCCUGGAGAGACUGGCUACAAGAUUCCCACAGGCGGAAUGUUUGAAUAUGUGUCUGGGGCCAACUUCUUAGGAGAGAUAACAGAGUGGGCCGGCUUCGCUCUGGCUGGCCACUCUGUUCACAGUUCAGCUUUUGCCGUCUUUACUGCAGUGGUCCUCGCCAGCAGGGCUGUGGCCCACCACAAAUGGUACAUUGAAAAGUUUGAAGACUACCCUAAAAACAGGAAGGCGUUGAUUCCCUUUCUGUUCUAGAAAACACAGAGAACUUAAGCAGAAGAUUGAAAAGGGCCGUACAUCUUGCAGCGGUUGAGAGGAUCGUUCCCUUCAUUUUUUUUUUUAAUUCAGGAAAACUCUGAUGUCUGAACAAGCCUUGAAGAUACCGAAUCGUUCUCAUUGAAAACAGACACACACAGUUUGGAUGCUUGUAAGAGAUCUCAUCCAAGCUGUGAGCAACCAACAGUUAAAAGCCAUCAUCUUAAAAAGAUUUUUAUUGUUGCCAUUACUUUGGUAAUAAUAUCCGUAAAGCACCAUGGAACCUCAGCAAGCGUGCACUGAAUGUACUGGAAGUGCAGCAACAUUUGGUGCUCCGCCAGAGGAAAUAAGAUAGUGAACGACGUGCACCUCAACAGCAAUACAUUGGAUUUAUAACACUGUGCACCAGCAAUAAACAGCUUUAAGACUCUCCUCUGAUCUGCAUAUUCUCCCAGAUGGAGCAUAAAUUUGGGAAUGCAAAGCAGACAUUUAAAGUUUUCAUUAAUCCUCGAGACUCAUCUGUUGAAAAUCCAUCUUUUUAACAUUUAUUCAAAUUAAAUAGACAGAGUGUGGAGGCGUGAAUUAACUUCAACCCGCUUGCCUGCUGCAUUUUGCUCUGGGUGUCAUCAGAGAGAUUUUCUACUGACCUCAUCAUCUCCAGCUCCUGGAAGAGAAGCCGCUUUGGAAUAAAAGGUAACUGCGUCUGUUGGCCUGCAAAGACUGAGACUAUAUCAGGCCUGUCUCCAGCUAGUGGGCUGCAGGAAAAAUCAGAUGGAGAUCAAGCGCGGCUCAAUAACUCAACCAUGCCUGAAAUGAAAAGACGAGAGAGUUGCCUCAACACAUCAUUCCUGUUGGGGUUUCUGAGAAGGAGAGGAAAGAAGAAGAGGUGGAGAAGAAAUGAAAAAGAGAAAUGGACAAUAUGUGAAUGCAGGAGCAUGUCUGAUACUGAAUAUCUGUGUGAUUGAAGCUGGAAGAAUAGAUAGGAAUAGUAAAUACUGGUACUGAUCUCAGCAUCUCAUUUGCUCUGUUAUUCAUCACUGUUACCAUGAGCCAGAUAAUCUCAGUCAGUGUGAGCCAGGACUUUUCCUAAAUCAUGUCUUACUUUGUAGAUAGUAAGAAUGUGUUUCACAAAAUAGUUUCAGACCGAAAGCAAGUGCAAUUAUUUCAUCACUUUGGUAAAAAUUCAGUUAACAUAAAAGGGAAAAUGUCGCUGGUUGCUACACAGUUUACUGUAUAUACUGAAGCUUUCUGCAGUGCACCUGCUCUAAAAAAGUGCAGCUGCUGUUUCUUCCCAUAACUCCAUUCCUUCCACCACCAGUCACCACCAAGGUUAUACCAUUAUUAAUUUUAAAAACAUGUAUUUAAAAGAUGUUCAUUUUGUCAUCAUUUUUACACACAGCGUCAUCAAUAAAUGAUAGAACUGC